AUGAUCCUUAAUCUGAUUAAAUCUCCAUCGCGGAGGACGUCGAGCCGUGAAAGAUUAAUGAAUAUUUGUGCGAGGAUUCCCCGAGCUGGGUUGGCACGUAGCGUUGUCAUAAUCAUAUUAGCUACGUCCGGAGGUCAUGCUGGCACGCACUCACGCACGCAUAGACCAACAGGCAACAACCCUGAACAGUAUCACCAUAGGGUCCCCCGUGGGGGUGGAAGCGAGAACAAUGGUUUCGGUUCUCACACGUGUGGAGGAUUAUUUGCAUUCGGAAAUAAAGAGAGGAAUGAUAAAAGAAAGGCGCGAGAGGUCCCACCGCCCCGGGGCAGGGUGGCUAGGGUAGCGGGGUGCCUGGGAGGAGGAGAGAGGGGGGGAGGUCGGGAGGAGGAGGGGGGCGAAGAGCUCGUUACGCGAACAAUGGAGAAAUAA